AUGAAUAAUGGAAUAUUUAAAGAAACAAACGUUUGCAGAAAAGAAAAACAAAAAGGUGAUAUUCCAGCCCCACGUUUUGGGCACACAGCUACAUAUUUAGGGAAUAAUAAAGUCGCAAUAUUUGGUGGAGCUGUAGGAGAUGCAGGAAAAUAUAAUAUAACAGAUGAUAUAUAUAUAUACGAUUUAAUACAAAAUAAAUGGAAAAAGUUAUUAACAGAAAAUACACCAACAGCUAGAGCUGCACAUGCAGCAGCUUGUGUAGAUGAACAGCAAUUAGUUAUUUAUGGAGGAGCAACGGGUGGUGGGUCUUUAUCCUUAGACGACUUAUAUAUAUUGGAUUUAAGAAGAGAACCAAGAUAUUCUUGGAUGAUUGUUCCUACAAAAGGUGUAACCCCAGGUAGAAGAUAUGGUCACGUAAUGGUUUACAGCAAACCUAAUUUAAUAGUUUUUGGAGGAAAUGAUGGACAACACACAUUAAAUGAUGUAUGGUUCAUGCAUGUAGAAAUGCCCCCUUUUGAAUGGGUUAAUGUUGUAAUACCAAAUAACUGCAAAAUACCACCACAAAGAGUUUAUCAUUCAGCUGAUAUGUGUAGAGAGGGGCCAGCUACAGGUAUGAUUGUCAUAUUUGGUGGGAGAAGCUCAGAAAAUAAAUCAUUAGAUGACACUUGGGGAUUAAGACAACAUAGAGACGGAAGAUGGGAUUGGGUUGAAGCUCCUAUUAAAAAAGGCUCUCCUCCUGAAGCACGUUAUCAACAUUCUUCUGUUUUUAUUGGAUCGAAAAUGUUUAUAUUGGGUGGCAGAAAUGAUAAUGGAUGUGCCACUCCUUUGCCAACUGCUCUUUAUAAUACUGAAACUAUUGAAUGGGUUACUCUACCUCCUAUUUCUAAAUUUAGACAUAUAUCUUGGGUGUACAAAUUUACAAUUUACACUUUUGGGGGAUUUAGUCAUCAAACUCAACAAUAUCCAACGAAUGAAUUAGAAUGUCUUGAAUGCUACAACCUUUUAACUUCAUUAAAUAGCUUAGAUAAUGAAAAAAAAAAAUGCAUGAAGCAGUCAUCUUUAAAACAAAAACAGUUAACGAAUGAAAAUAUAAAACUUCAAGGUAAUGAUCUUCGAAAUAUGAAUUCCUAUAAUUUAAAUAGUCAAGAUAUUAUAAAUACUCAAUCACAGAGUUUAUCAAAUAAUCAAUAUGUAACAUCAAAACAAAUAUAUGACCUGAAAAAUAAUUCUAAUAUAGUUAGUUCUUUACCAAAUAUGCAAAAUACUCCUUAUAGAAAUAUGUGUGAUUCUCCUGCAUCUUCUUUAUUUAGAUUAUCCAAUAGGCCUAUGUCCAAUAAGAUUAGAUUAGCAGCACAUGCACAUGCAGUUCAAGAGACUGGAAAUGAUUUUGCAUUACUAGUUAGAAAAAUUUCUAUUGAUAAAUUAGAAGAAGAAGGAAGAAAAAUUAAUAAUGGAGUUCUAUGCACCCCGGUUAAUUAUAUUAGUGAGUUCAAAAAUACUGUUUAUGACAAAAUUAUUACCACGUUACUAAAUCCUAAUAUAACUCAAUUUGAAAUACAAUAUAAUCAUAAUUCGGAUGCUAUUUUUAUAAUUCCUUGGGCUGAUAUUUCUAUUUUAUGCUCUAUUGUUAUAGAUAUUUUCAAGCAAGAAGAUAUGGUGUUAAAGUUAAGGGCACCAAUAAAAAUUUAUGGUGAUAUACAUGGACAGUAUUAUGAUUUGAUGCGAUUAUUUCAAUUAUAUAAAUGCCCUGUGGAGGAAGAUUUAGGAGAAAAGUUAAAUGCAAUAGGAGAUAUUGAUUCCAAUGAUUAUUUGUUUUUGGGAGAUUAUGUAGAUAGAGGUUCCAAUAGUUUAGAAGUUAUUUGCUUGCUUUUUGCGUUAAAAUGUAAAUAUCCAAAGCAAAUUCAUUUAAUACGAGGAAAUCAUGAAGAUAUGGCAAUUAACAGUUUAUAUGGAUUUCAAGAAGAAUGCAAAAGGAGGUUAAAGGAGGAUAUAAUGGAUAAAGCAUCAUGCUGGGCACAGAUAAAUCAAGUUUUUGAGUGGCUUCCUAUAGGUGCUAUAGUAGAAGAAAAAAUAUUAUGUAUCCAUGGUGGAAUUGGAAAAUCAAUACAUAAAAUUUCAGAUAUAUCACAAUUGAGAAGGCCUUUAAUAGUAUCCCAAGUUCCACAAAAUUUAAAUGAGCAAAAAGUUACUGAUCUAUUAUGGUCAGAUCCAACUGAUAAUGAUUCUGUAUUAGGAACUAUUCCUAAUGAUAUAAGAGAUCCUGACGGUACAGGUCAUAUUGUUAAAUUUGGUCCAGAUCGUGUUCAUAAAUUUUUAGAGGAUAAUGAUCUUCAGUUAAUUAUACGGGCACAUGAAUGUGUAAUGGAUGGAUUCGAAAGAUUUGCAGGAGGAAAAUUAAUAACAUUAUUUUCAGCAACUAAUUAUUGCAAUUCACAUAAAAAUGCAGGGGCGUUAUUAUUCAUUAGAAGAGAUCUUACAGUAAUACCAAAACUCAUUUAUCCAGCAAAGGAUGAAAUUCGAUUUUUUAAUACAUGGGAUACAAAAAUGACUGAAUUGAGGCCACCAACACCACCAAGAAAUCAACCCAAAAUGAGGGAAUUAAAUUAUGGUGCCCCAUAA